GGAGGCGGGCGGGCGGCCAGGUGCGCGCGGGCUCUUCUGCCCCGGGGCGCCAGGGCCUCUCAACGCCAAGCUCUGGGCACCCGGCUGGAUGCCUAGAUAACGGUCCAGGAUGGGGCGAUCCUGGCUGGAAGCCGGGCGUGGCUUAAGCCUUGGGCACGUCCCCACCGCGGGAUGCGACCUUGCUGCUGGCUUGGAGCCCCAGGCUGCAGCUCUCUCGAGGCCCGGAGCCAGGCGCCCGCCCAGCGCUUCUGCUCUCUGGGAUGGAGGAGCUGGGGCACUGAGCUGCGAGGGCCUGGGAACCUCCCAGACCCCACACCAGACACGCAGGCUCAAGGUCACAGAGCUGUGUCUGUCGUUUACAAAUGUCUGCUUUUUACUGGAGUGUUUGUAAAUGGGCUACUGUUUCCUCUCUUGGGCCAGGGAAUUAGGAUUCAGAGAAGAGGGCUCUAAAAAUACUAAUCGCCUAGUCCCAAUCAGCUGAUCCGCCUUACUGGCCAGUGACCCUGGCCUCUGAAAGAAAGAUGGCAUUAGGUCUGUGUCUGCAGGUGCUGUGCAGCCUGGGUGCCUGGCUCUCACUCUAUACAUCUUUCUGCCGCCUGAAUAAGCACCGAAGCUAUGAGUGGAGCUGCCGGCUGGUGACCUUCACCCACGGAGUCCUCUCUAUAGGCCUGUCUGCUUAUAUUGGCUUCAUUGAUGGCCCUUGGCCUUUUACUCACCCAGGGUCACCGAACACACCCCUCCAAGUUCACGUUCUGUGUCUCACCUUGGGCUACUUCAUCUUCGACUUGGCCUGGUGCAUCUAUUUCCAGUCUGAGGGUGCCCUGAUGCUGGCUCAUCACACACUGAGCAUCUUGGGGAUCAUCAUGGCCCUGGUGCUUGGGGAGUCGGGCGCUGAGGUCAACGCGGUUCUCUUUGGAAGUGAGAUCACCAACCCACUGCUCCAGUUGCGCUGGUUUCUCCGUGAAACAGGCCACUAUCACAGUUUCACUGGGGAUGUGGUGGACUUCCUUUUUGUGGCUCUGUUCACUGGUGUGAGGAUUGGUGUAGGCGCUCAUCUCCUUUUCUGUGAAAUGGUCUCACCCACACCUAAGUGGUUUGUGAAGGUUGGAGGGGUAGCGAUGUAUGCUGUGUCUUGGUGCUUUAUGGUUAGCAUCUGGCGCUUUGCGUGGAAGAAAAGCAUCAAGAAGUACCACGCAUGGAGAAGCCGGCGGGAUGAAGAGCGGCAGCUAAGACAUAAUGGGCAUCUCAAGACACACUAGCCAAGGCUUGCUCCCGGUGAAUGGAUUGGGUUGAACUGGCCAUAGGACCAGGACAGAAUUGAGCUUGUAGUGAGUGCACUUAGGUUUUGAAAAAGGGCUAAAUGCGUCCAUCACUUCAGUCAGUUUCCAAGCUAAGCAUAUGCAGUAUUGAGACACUCACCCCUGCUUGCAGUGGCAUUUGGACAUCCUCAGGGUGAUUGACAACUGGAGAGAACUAUAUAGAGAGGACCACUGUCACCUGUUUUGGGGGGUCCCCAUGUUCAUGGGAGGCCUGAUAUUUAGACAGCUUUGGAAAGAACUUGAAUCAAAUUAGUGCUGUUUCUGGUUCCUUUGGAAGUAACUCCUUUCCCCACACUUAGUCCUGAUUUCCAUGAGACAUUUUAAGUAUGCUCACCCCAUGUACUAUAAAGGGAGGGACUCUCAGGAGGGGACAGGAGUUGGGCAUCCAAGUAUCUGUGAAUGGGAUCUGCGAUGCAGAGAGGGACAGAAGGAUGGGACUUCCCACUGAGCCUCCCUACACUGCCGUGUCAGAGGUUCCCGAGGAUAUCCUUGGCUUCUGUGAUUCAUCCAGGAGACUUGGGGCUGAGCCUGUAGUCUCAGAGCUUUGAUCUGUGACAAUGAAAGGAAGCAGAGAAGACUCAGCAGAGGGAAAAGGAACCUCUGUCAAAGCUCAUGGAAUCUAAGCAUAAGUUUCUACAGUCUCCUGCUUGGAUAUACAGGAGUGAUUCAUGACAACAUCAAAGUCAUCAAAGACUUGGUGCCCAGAGCUUUUACUGGCAGCAGGUCAUGUAGGCUCCUUCUAAGUAGCACAAGGCAAAAACUGAAGACUUCCCUGGAAGCAGGCAUUCAGCAGAAGCCAUAUUGUUUCAGAAAGAGUUUGGGAGCAGUGAGGCACUCUUAACAGUUUCUGGUGGGAGUCCUCUCCACAGU